ACAUAAACUACCACGUCCUGAAAAUGAAAGCAAAAGUAGAAAACACAAAACGACUGUUUCUGAAGAAAAUAUUAAACUUAUAAAUUACACAAACAAAUAUAAACAUAAAAAACACCAAAAACUGUAUAUAUCACGCGAGGCAACAACUACAACGCAGCGUAAGUGAAUUGGAACUAAACUCCUUUGUUUGUAAACAAAAUAGCCUAAGUAAAAGAAUAACAGCAGAACGGGGAAAUAUACUGUUUAGAAUAUUUGAUAAAUUGGAAUAUUUAAUGUUCUUUCAAAUUUCAGAGAUAUGGCAUUCCUCUUUAGAAAAAUUCUAGGACGUAAACGAACUACAACUAACUUAAAGGAACGCGAGGACGGAGAGAGAAUUUUGGCGUUCUGACUUGUCAUUGUUUUUUUUUUGAGAGCUUGGUUUUUUGAUACAAGGGAGGAUGGUGCCAAAAACGUGUAUAAAACUGUUGUGGAGAUUCAAUAAAAACUUGGUUAAAUUUUCAUAUGCAUUUAUAUUGGCUAGUUAUUUAUAAUUUACAGUCCACGUUUCGUUUUGCAAGCCGAUUCUAUGAAAUUUUGUGAUUUUAUUGAAUGCGCACAUCACUAAACACGUGUCGCAAUUACUAUCGCACGUAAAAUCUUGACAGUUGCGUACAUACAUCGGUAAAAACCUGUUUGAGCCUUCAACGUCUCGUCGCCUGGAAUUGUGUCCAGACUUUCCAAAACCAAUUGGCAAGAGCACAUCAGUGUGAGCCUCCAACGACUGUUCGCCCAGAAGUGUGCCCAGUAACCUGAAUAUUUUGUCAAGUGGCAAGAGCACAUCAGUGUGAGCCUCCAACGACUGUUCGCCUAAAAGUGUGUCCAGUAUUCAGAAUAUUUUUCCAAGCGCCAAGAGCACACCUGUGUGAGUCUCUACCCGUGGAAGAAUAAACGUGCUAGUUUUACUAGCCCGAGCAAACUCGUAUGAGCCUUCAACAACUGGUCGCUGAAAGUGUGUCCAAAAUUUUCCAAACUAAUUAGCAAGAAUACAUCAGUGUCAGCCUCCAACGUGUGUGUACAGUAUCCAGCAUAUCUGGUCAAAACGCACGAGCACACCUGUGUGAGCCUUAAAAUACUUAGCCCCCGUUGUUUUAAAGUACAAUCAGCCUUUCAAAAAGUGCCAAGAGCAUACCUGUGUGAGCCUCCGUCUUUUGGUCGUAACGUAAACCGCACAGUGAUUAUACGACAAUUACCAAGCCUAGCCCAUGCAGUGUACCAAACUACAACAGCGUGUCAACAGGACUCAAUACAUUUAGUAAGAUCGAAAUCAACGCUACACGGCAGCCAGCAGCUGUUCAAAGCAGCAGUUGUGACAAAGUGUCAAAACGUGAAAUUAAUGCAACAAAGUAACCAUGGAUAAAUUGAAAGCGCAAGGCAAACGAUUAAAGGUAGCCUAACACGCAUAUACAACGUAUGUGCCGAUCAAAAGACAACGGCGGAGGGUAUAAGAGUUCGUGCAGAAAGAGCGGAUGACUUGUUUAGAUAGUAUGAAAGAAUUCAUCUAGAAAUCGACGUGUUGGCUACCACUAGAGAACAGCAGGCAAAAGAAGAAGUGUACCGCACUGAGGUGGAAGAGAAAUAUUUCGCUAUUAAAACAAUUUACACGCGUUUAAUGCAACUUUCUGCGGGAAAUGAUACUGCUAUUGACCAUCAAGCGAUAUAUCGAUCGCAGUUCAGAACCUACUAGAGCAUCAGACAACAAUGGGUGCAUUAAUCGAACGAAUGUUUGUGACAGUGGGAUAGAAAAUGGUUCAAGCCCAAUAAACGCCAGCAACUACACACAACAACAACACAUCCAACAUGAAAUGCGUUUGCCACGCAUUCAGAUACCAGAAUUUGAUGGCAAAUGUACGGACUGGAUCCGUUUUCGCGACUUAUCCGAGACACUUGUACACAACAGACAAAACAUUUCCAAUAUUGAGAAGCUAGAAUAUUUGCAAACGAAAGUUCGAGGGGAAGCACUUUCGCACAUCAAACAUUUAAAACCAGCCAAUGCAAAUUACAAUUUUGCCUGACAGCUAAUUAAGAAAAAAUAUGAUAAGUCCGACAAAGUAAAGAGAGCUUAUUUUGAACUUUUAUGCGAUCAACAUGCAAUGAAGUCUGCGUCAACGGCAGAAGCUAAGCGACUAUAUAAUACAACCAACGAAAGUAUAAAUGCGUUAAAAGUGCUUAAUGAACCUGUUGAACAUUGGGAUUCAAUUUUAUUGUUCAUGUUAGAGAAAAAGCUUGACGCCGAGACGCGUGUUUUGUGGUAUAGGGAAAAGAAAUCUGAGGAAGAGCAAUCGAUUCAAGAUUUCUUGAACUUCCUGGAGAAAAGACUUUACGAGUUGGAAAACACCCAAAAGACUACAGCGGUCAAUACAUCUCGAAGUGGCAUCGGCGACAAGCGCAACCAAGCGCGCACGCUUUCAACAAUGCUACAUACAUGUGUUCUUUGUUCAAAGCAGCAUCAGCUUUAUCAAUGUAAGUUGUUCCUAGAUAUGGAAGCGAAUGCGAGACGCAAUCUGGUUCAGAGGAGCAACAUCUGCUUUAACUGUCUGCAGCCAGACCACCGCGCAUCAAACUGUAAGAGAUCAUCGUGUAGAAAAUGUGGAGCAAAACACAACUCCCUGUUACAUACAACAUCAGCAGCAAGUGAUGUUCAGCAGUCAGCAGUCAAUACGAACGUAGAGCCAUCUAUUGUCAGUGCAAAUAUCACACAGCAGAGUCAGCGGUCUAUCACAUUGCUGCCAACAGCGAUUGUCGUGCGCAAUAGAUGCAACGAGUUGAACCCAUGUCGCGCUUUGCUGGACUCAGGGUCACAAGGCACGCUUAUAACCGAAUCAUGCAUACAACGACUGCAACUGAAACGAGGCUUUGAUAGAACUAUGCUAUAUGGGAUCGGUUCAGUCAAUGGAAGUCACACUAGAGGAAGGGUUGAAUUGCAUAUCGAGGCGACACAAUAUGACACCAUAAUUAGAACUGAGGCAUUAUGCUUGCUUAAUUUAACUCACACAUUGCCUCCAUGCGAUAUAACCCAUCAGAGUUUGGCAUUUUUCAAUGAAGUUAAUCUUACAGAUCCAUCAUAUUCGAAACCUAAUAAAAUCGACAUCAUACUUGGCGCAGAUGUCUUCACUAGCUGUUUACUGCCAGAGAAGUUGACUCAUCCUAGCGGUUCACCGACUGCAGUCAACACAAUUUUCGGUUGGGUUAUAAUGGGUAAAAUAAAGGGAGCAGACGAGCAACACAUUGUAACUGCACAUACAUGUGUGGAUUUAAGUCAGCAAAUUCAACGCUUCUGGGAAGUUAAAGCUCUACGAGAACCGAUGAAUUACCUGACAGAUGAAGAGAAAAAAGCGGAAAUACAUUUUCAACAACAUACUCAUCGCGAUGAGCAAGGCAGUCUGCUGCGCUUAAACGACUCAUUUCAGUGGAGCGUCAAAUCGAUGGUGAUGUGCAACUCAAGAAAGAAUAUGGGAAAUUUAUGGACGACUAUUUAUAGUUGGGGCAUAUGGAUAUUAGCAGCACGGUAAACGUACACGGAACGUACUUCAUACCACAUGACGCAGUAUUCAAAAGAACAUGUGCCACAACAAAACUACGAGUAGUGUUCGACGCAUCCUGCAAUAGUUCAAAUGGAUUGUCACUCAACGACAACUUGUUAAUCGGUCCAACAAUACAAAGUGAUCUUUUCGAUAUCAUAGGCAAAAUCCGGAAAUGCCGGCGAUAUUGAGAAAAUGUAACGACAGGUAUUGGUACAUCCAGAUGACCGGCCUUUGCAGCGAAUAUUGUGGAUACGUUCCAUGGAAGAACAUAUUGCUUACGAUCUUCGCACCGUAACGUUUGGCACGGCAACUGCACCUUUCUUAGCGAUUAGGACACUGCAGCAAGUGGCAUAUGACUACUCUGAUGAAAAUCCUGACACAGCAUCUGCAAUAUCGAACAAUUUUUAUGUACAUGAUUUCUUGGCAUGUGCUCCCACGUCAGUAGGAGCAGUGAAGCUAAAGAACGAUGUGUGUUCAAUAUUAUCUGAGGCAGGAUUCAAGCUACGUAAGUGGUAGUCAAAUUCGAGAAGGUUCUUGGGUACAAUUGACAUAGAUGAUUGUCAAAAAUCUCCUGAUGCAAUUAUCGACAUCACAAGCGCCGUAAAAACACUUGGUUUGCUUUGGGAGACUUAAACAGAUAGCUUCAAGUACAACGUGGCCUUUGAAGACAUCACAUUAACCGUGACAAAACGUAAAGUACUAUCGGAUAUCGCCAGAAUAUUCGACCCAAUCGGAUGGAUUGCUCCGGUCGUUAUUAAAAUGAAGAUUUGUAUGCAAAAAUUAUGGCUAAAGGGCGUAAGUUGGGAUGAAGAGCUACCAUGUGAGCUAUACAGCGAAUGGUAUGAUUAUAGGCAGAACACCAACAGAAUUUCAAAACUUCGUAUACCAAGGUGGCUUGAUUUCACUGAUGACAGCAUUGUUGAGUUGCAUGGGUUCUCGGACGCGUCCGAAGUAGCAUUUGCAGCAGCGGUUUAUGUGCGUAUACAGCGGAGGGAUGGCGAGGUGUUCACCUACUUAAUUGCAGCUAAAACCAGGGUAGCUCUGGUAAAGCAAAUCACGUUAACGCGGCUUGAGUUGUGCCCUGCACACUUGUUGGUGAAGUUAAUAGUGAAAGUACGACAAUCUUUAAGUUUCGAAGUAGUUGACGUGGUUGGUUGGACAGAUUCGUCAAUUGUUUUGGCGUGGUUGGCAGAUCAUCCUCGCCGCUGGAAAACCUUCAUUGCAAAUAGAACUUUCCAAAUAAUAGACGUCAUACCAGCUGAGCAAUGGCAUCAUAUACCGUCACAAUACAAUCCGACAGACCUUGCUACAAGGGGAAUUUGGCCUGCAGAGCUAGUAACUUGUAAAUUAUGGUAGCAAGGACCUGACGUACUGAUACAUAAAUCAAUGUCACAUAUCGAGAAGCCAUCUACGUCACCGAAUGUCGGCAUGGAAGAACGAAAGGCGGUUCAGUCACAUACAGCUAUCAUACAAAGUUUUGACCUAAUUGAGAGGUAUUUAAAAUACACGCAUCUUUUACGCAUCACUGCACUUCUGUUACGCUUUGUACACAACUGCAAAAGUGGUAGCUCCAAGCAACCGAAAACAGCUACCGGGAUUUCAACCAACGAGCUGCAGCACGCCCAUAACGUAUUGGUGAGGAAAGAGCAAAGAACAUACUUUACACAAGAGAUACGAUUACUAUUGAAAGGUAAGUCUCUACCUAUGUCAAACAAACUGACGACUCUUGCACCUUUCAUCGAUAACGGUGGCCUACUUCGGGUUGGAGGCAGGAUUGUAAACGCUAACAUCAACUGCGACCAGAAGCAUCCUUUAAUUAUCCACAAAGACAGCCAUUUGAACCGACUUAUCGUGAUGUAUUCCCAUCUGAAGCACCUACACGCUGGAAGUCGUCAACUUCGUUACUUGCUUAGACUAAGAUCCCAAGGGGUACAUACACAAUUAAACGAUGUGUUUUUAAAUGUGCAACGUGUACGAAAGUACGUGGAAUAGCUUACCAGCAACAGAUGGGUAAUCUUCCUCCACAUCGACUAAACCCAGGUGCAGCCUUUCUCAAUACGGGUGUAGAUUUUGCCGGGCCGUUACAGGUGCGUUCCUGGAAGGGACGAGGGUCUAAGCUAUACAAAUAUUGGAUCGCGCUCUUUGUGUGCCUGUACAUAUCGAGCUUGUUACGGAACUGUCAACUGGGGCCUUUAUCGCAUCGCUUCGUCGGUUUGUCGCCAGGCGCAGAAAGCCCCUGCACUUGUUUUCGGACAACGCCACAAAUUUCGUGGGGGCCAAUCAGCAGUUGCGCGAAUUCUUGUUUGCAUCCACAACAAAAGAGGGCAUUUCAAAGGAACUAACGGGUCAGCAGAUACAAUGGCACUUUUCACCACCCUCUGGCCCACAUUUUGGUGGGAUAUGGGAGGCUGGGGUAAAGUCAGUUAAGUACCACCUCAAACAAGUUUUAACAGAAGCAGCAAUAACAUAUGAGGAAAUGUCUACAGUACUUUGCCAAAUUGAAUUUUGUCUGAACUCUCGGUCAAUGUGCAUCAAAUUCGAGGGAGAUGUCGAUCCAUUAACUCCGGCCAAUUUUUUGAUAUUCCGUUCACCACAUACAAUGCCCGACGAAAACUUGGUCAAUUUAAAGGAGAAUGCGCUCAACAGAUGGCAAGACCUUCAGCGACUGGUUCAAGAAGAAGUGGUCUGUAGAAUGCAUACGCCAGUUGCAGCAACGACCAAAGUGGGCACAAAAACUUAAAAAUAUAACCAUUGAUGACGUUGUGGUCAUAAAGGAUGACAACCUUCCUCCAUCAAGUUGGGCAAUAGGAAGAAUCGUUGAGACACAUCCUGGACCUGAUGGUCUCGUUCGAGUAGUUACCGUAAAGACAGCAAAAGGAACAUUCAAAAGACCAGUAGUGAAGCUGUGUCCAUUGUUUCUGGAUCAUUGAAAGCAGGUGCUUUUCAGAGGGGCCGGAAUGUUUAGAAUAUUUGAUAAAUUGGAAUAUUUAAUGUUCUUCCAAAAUUUCAGAGAUAUUUGGAAAAUUCUAGGAAGUAAACGAACUACAACUAACUUAAAGGAACGCGAGGACGGAGAGAGAAUUUUGGCGUUUUGACUUGUCAUUGUUGUUUUUAGAGCUUGGUGCCAAAAACGUGUAUAGAACUGUUAUGUAGAUUCAAUACAAACUAGGUUAAUUUUUCAUAUGCAUUCAUAUUGGCUAGUUAUUUAUAAUUUACAGUCCACGUUUCUUUUUGCAAGACGAUUCUACGACAAAUACAUUUGUCGAAAUUAGAAAAGCUAAAACCUCAACAACCUAAAAAUCUAGGAAUAAAUCUAAACAACGAUUGGUUUGUAAAUAAAACAGCAAUAGAAUUUGAUGAAGAGUCGAAAUGGUUAUUAUCCCUGGGAAGAAAAUUCGCAUUACUGACAACAAAAACUAUUUCAAACCGGUACAAAUGAUAGCAGAAAUGGAACAAAUAAUACAACCAAUAGAAGACAAUAGGACCAAAGAAAUAGCAAAGAUGCAAGCUGAGUAAUUGGAUCAUCCAAUUCAAACGCAGCAUAAAACACAAUGCAGCUGAGAGAUUUAUUUUAGAAACAUUAAAUAAAACAAAAAUACUCUUAAAACGACACAAAAAUUAAAUAAGAGUAACGGGGGCAGACAGGGGAAAUAAAACGGUGGCACUUUACAAAGCAGACUAUGAGGAGAAGAUAAAAAACGACUUGAAGAUAAAAACACAUAGAAAACAAUAAGAAACGACCCAACAACAACACUACAGAGAAAAAACAAUGCCCUGGUUACAAAAGUGCAACAAUUAAUUUCAGAGAGAAACAACAGUUGGCAUGCGCCGCUGCGACUGCACCGAGACUUUACGGGUUGCCAAAAAUACGCAAACCAGACUUGCCUUUACGGCUAUGGAUAAAUUUUCCAAAUCGAACGAAGAAUUGGUGGAACUAGAAAAGGAAAAACUGAUGGCAAUGCAAGCUGCAGAAGGACACAAAAAGACAAACGGAUGGUGUUUUAGAUUUUUUAAAUAGAUUUUAAGGAAUAGUGUGUAAGGUAUCCUGAAUUUAAUACUUUUUUUACACAUUUAUUAGAUUAUAAAGAUAGUAUGUAAGGUCUAAUGAGUGAACUGUUUUUUUUUAGCUUUUAGAACUAUUUAAGAAAAUGGAAUCAAAUAUGUUGUGAGUUUUAUUUUCUUUUUUGUUUUAGAUUUUUAAAUAGAUGUUAAGGAAGUAGUAUGUAAAAUUUUGUGAUAUGAACUUUUUUGUUUUCAAUGUAAUAUAUAUUUCCUUUCUUUUAUAAACCGGUUGAAGGCUCUUUGGUUCUAUAUUAAGAAGAAAAAAAAAUGAAACUGAAAUAAAUGUAAUAAUAACUUACUGAAGUAUGAAGUGAAAGCAUUCCUUAUUGAUUCAGCUUCAGUUGCGCUUUGGUGCAAAUCUGCGUAUUGUGGUUGCCUUCUACUGCUGUCGUUAGCCUUCUGCUCAGUUAGCCAAGAAAGUGAAACUGGGUCAUUUUCCGCUAUCAAAAAGCUGUGCAAGACACAGCAAGUAUGGUCCUGUUCGAGGCACGUAAUAAAAGAGGCAAUACUGCAGCACUAAUGAAAAUUUGCAAUACUGUUGCAACUUCCCAACUGAUAAAACGUUGCUAGAAAUUCACACCGAACGUGAUACUUUAAUAAUUCGCGCAACACUGCGGUUGUGAUUGCAUCUCGAACAAGCCCUUUUUAUAAUAGAAUUCGCAUAGUCAAUUCUGUUAUGCCUUUACCAAUCCGGCGAAACCUAUAAUUGUACAUACACAGGUAUGGAUGUUAUUAGUUUUCAGUGUUGCCAGAAUAUUUUUGUACCCCAUCCCCAUAUCGGGCCGCAGUUAUCCCCAAAAAAUCCACAUUUUUCUUUUAAAUCCCCAUUUAAAUCCCCUUUAGUAAGAAAUAAAAAAAGCAUGUAUUCACAUU